AUCUUCCUUUCAUGACCUAUGACAACAAAUCACAUUUUAACUGAAACACUUGAUUUUCCCGUUCAGAAUUCCAACACAUAAAACAGAUCCCAAUCUCCCGUCUAAUGCGCCACUGUUAGAUCUCUUUCUUUAGAGAGAUAGUAGAGAGAGAUGAGUAGGAGAUCUGCGACUUGCUUGAGGUGUUGUUUGGUGAUAUUCGCAGUAGUGUCGGCACUCUGCGUAUCUGGGCCGGCUUUGUAUUGGAAAUUCAAGAAGGGUCUCAAAUUAAAAGGAAUUUCAUCUUCUUGCCCUCCCUGCUUAUGUGAUUGUCCUACACCACAAACCCUUUUCCAGAUUGCUCCUGGCUUGGCUAAUCUUUCUGUUACAGAUUGCGGAAAAGAUGACCCUGAUCUUAAGGAAGAGAUGGAAAAGCAAUAUGUGGACUUAUUGUCGGAAGAGCUGAAACUGCAAGAAACAGUUGGUAAAGAGCAUUCCCAACAUAUGAACAUCACCUUCGGGGAGGCACGAAGAUUGGCUUCCCAAUACCAGAGAGAAGCCGAAAAAUGCAAUGCUGCUACUGAAACUUGUGAGUCGGCCAGAGAAAGGGCUCAGGCCUUGCUCACUAAGGAAAAGAAGAUAACUUUAUUGUGGGAAAAAAGAGCGAGGCAGCUUGGUUGGGAGGGAGAAUAAAUUACUAGCAAUAUGUUUUGGAUGGAUGCUCUACAUGUGAAUAAAUGUGUGCUCAAAAUUUUCGCGAAUUUAUAAGUGCCUCUCUGUAAUUCUUCUUUUAUUUUUCUCUCAAGGUAAAAAUAGAAAUCCAAAUAUAUGCGAUAGGACGGUAAGAUAUGAUUUAAAUUUCUAUCUUGUGUUUAUUAUAUAGCUUAUUUCAAGUUUAGGUUGGUAUUUUAAGAGAAUUUAUGAAUACUUCCAAAUUGCAUCUCUA